CCUCUCUUGAGGAAUUGGCAAAAGCUUGCUAUUUUUCUCCUCUUUUCUUGUUCAAAAACAAGAUUUAGGGCCUAUAACUCCCUCUAAAGCCAAGGAAUUUUCAGAUCUGCAGCUGCUCCCCCUGUCCGCGAGCUGCUCUUGCCGGUGGGUGUGUAAUUUCGGUUUUCUGGUAUGAAUUAACCAUAAAAUCAUCCCUUUAGCCUUGAUUCAAGUUGGGUUACUCUAAUUUCCUUUUUUUUUUCCUUCAAUUUUGUGUUAGUUCUCUCCAAUUCCCGUUAGCCAUCCACACUGCCAGCUCCGAUUUCAGCUUGCCGAAAUUUUCUGGUAUGAUGGACAACAUCCUUUAAGUCCAAUUUCGCCCAUUUAAUUGCUGAAAUUGUCCAUGUAAUUGCUGCCCCUGUAUUGUUCACAUUUCUGUUGAAAUAUAGAAGAAAUUGGUGGCACUUCAAGUUGUGUUUUUUAGUUUAAUUCAAGUAGAAAUCCCUUGAUUUAGCUGAUGUGAGCCAAAAAAAGAAGGGGAACCCAGCCAUGCUUGAGAAACCGGUGAGAAAGCUUGGUUUUUGGCCUUCUUUUCUUGCUCUAGAACACUUCUAGAACCCAGAAAUCUCUCCCCCUUUGCUGGAAAAUCCGGAUCUGCUCUGCUCUUCCUUUUCACCGCCGGCUGCUCCUGCUUUGUGGGUGUGAUUUGUUCGGUUUUUUGGUAAGAAACAGCCAUGAAUCUCCCUUCUCUAGCUUUGAUUGCCUUGGGUUUAUGUUAAUUGCUCUUAUUUCCUUGAAUUUUGGGUUAAAGCCGUGAGCUUUCUUCUUCCAUGCCGCCGGCCUUCUUCCCCAAUCUGCUAGCUCCGGUUCCUUGCUUGUAAAUUUUGAAAAAUGGGGGGAAUUUUGGUAGCCUUUGAGCAUGUUUUAAGCUUGGUUUAAGUGUAAAUUAGCUUGAUUAAUUGUUGUGAUUUUUGGAGAGAAAAUCCCGUGAGAUUAGCUAGUGUUUUGGCCAAUUUGUGAAAGUCGGGGUUACUGUUCACGUCGGGUCACUGUUCACGGACACUGUUCACCGGUUACUGUUCAUACCCCGAGGGCCAACAUUUAACGGGAAUUUAAGUGAUUAGUUUGUGAUAUGAGAACGAAUUUGGAGAUGUCGGAUCAUGUGGAAAGUGAUAGAAAUAGCAUUGUGAUUAGGAAUAAUCCUAAUGAUGAUUUCCGUGUGAAUUUGUGAUAGUGGUAUUAAUUCUUGAAAUAUUUUGAUUAGGUUCCCGAUCGUUCUGUCAGUUAGCACUGAGAUUGAGUGCUCGGUUUUAUGCAAGUGAGGAAGUGAAACCGAGGACGGGGAAAUCACGGGAAGUGACGAGUUAGAAGGCUAGCCAUAUUGUAAUUGGAUAUAAAUUUUAGAUAUGAAUCAUGAUCUUGUAUUCGGAGAUUUUAUGAUAUCAGAGAGAAUUUUAUAAUUUGAUCUUCAGAUUUUGGUGUGACCACAACUAAGCUUCUCUUGAACCUGAAUUAUGUUUACCAUGCCUUGAUAAUCAUCCAAGCUUCGAUUUGCUUGUUGUAUGUUGUUAUCAACCCAGAUCUGCUCAAUAAGGCCAUUUAAAGCUUCUCACAUCUUCCCAGCUCUAGCUCUCAUGAUUGAACCUCCUGGAAUGUGUAAUGGAUCUCAUGAUGUGGUACAUGUGGGGUCAUCUUGAUUCCCAUCACAAUAUAUAAAUCAUAUUCUAACUU